AUGAGGAUGAGGAGAAGCACCCAGCAUAUAGCACCACGCUGGUUGGCAGAUGCGUGUGCCUGCACUCUCGCUCGUUGUGUGGGUGACAUUGACCGUGUGCGUGUGUAUGAGCUUGCCAUUGCCAUCAUGGGAGUCUUCGCUGCGCGCUUGAGUCCGUGCAUGGGUGGCCUUUGCGCUGCGCUGCUGAGCGUUGUUGCGCACGUCCACCAUCUCUCCCUCCCCGCCCCGUGCGCGCGCUCUCGCCAUCUCCGCCACAUCGAAUGGCCGCCUGCGCACUUUCUCUUCCUUUCCCGCUGCCGUCCUCCUCCUCUUAUCUCCCUCCUCGUGCGCAUAUAUCGGCAACAGAUGGUCAUGCGUCAACGAAUGGACGCUCACGACAGCGGCGGCGGCGGCGUCUUCGACACCUACGAGAAGCUCCGUCAAGCCAAUUCCGAUAAGCUGCAGACCCUUCUCAGCCGCACCGCCCGCGGCCGUGGUGCGGCGGGCGGUGCGGCGCGGCAUGUAAAGAAGUCUGCCUCCUUGACAGGGGACUAUCUCGACUUUGAGAAUGACGAGUUCGCUGACAAGUGGAUAAACAUCGGCAUGGGGCUAAUGGUGGCGCUGGCGUUGUUCCUCUUUUAUGUGCUAUGGUUCACGGACUGGGUACAGUGA